UUGGCGUUUACAUGGCGAAAAGCGAAUUGGGAUUCAUUCAAUGGUCAGCUGCGUGACUGUGAAGCAGCGACGGCGCUCCGGAAUUUCCCGUUUCCUCCUCGAAAAUACGCAAAUUACGAUAAAUAGCACGAAAAACCGGAGACCGCAAAUACGGGCGUAAAGUCGUCAAGUCGCAAAAGUGUGUCGUUAAGCGUCGCAAAAAAAUAUUUAUCAUUUGCAAAAUAUUCUACACUAAUAUUAUAAUAUUAUGUUACUUAAUUAAAAACGACCGUUACAAAAAAAUGCAUAUAUGAAAAGGAAACAAAGCAAGUCUGUGUGAUAAUAUUGUUAAAACUAUUUAAAGAGAAUCUGGCAAGCAACAAUUCGCAAAUAUGAAGAAAAUUGUAAUGAAUUCAUAGAAUCUCAAUAUAAUUUCUUAAUGAGCAACACAACAAAGAAGUCCCAAAAUAGCUGAAAUAAUGCAAUCAAGCUAAAUGAAAAUUUAACAUACAAUGGGCAACCAGCGUCAGCCGGCAAACUAAAAGGAAAAUUCCAAUAAAGCUGAGCACUUUUGAGAACAUAUUUUUGGCAAGAAUUGGCUAAAUCCGUGCAGGAGUAAUACCAAUAGGUCUCGGCCCGAAAAUGCUUUUGAGCAACCAGCCGGCGAACACGAAACCGCAGCAAACGCCUUCGCCGUCGCAGACGCAGAACUUCAAGACGAAGCUGCAGCAGCAGAUUGUUUCGGCAGCGGCGGCGGCAGCGGCGAACAUAGCCAACGGCAGCAGCCAUCAUCAUCAUCACAGUCACAGUCACAGUCACAAUCACAGUCACAAUCAAAAUCACAACCACAAUCAUAAUCACAAUCAGCACAACAUUUCCUUCGCCACGGAUUUCUCAAUUGCGGCGAUUAUGGCGCGCGGCGGAAACGCCCCGAGCAGCCGGGAACCUUCGGAACGCAGUCUGAGUCCCGCAUCCGUGGAGCGCUUUUCAGGCCAGGAUGCGGACGAUGAUGUUGACGUUGAUGUGGUCGACUGCAGUGACUCGGAAAUGCCGACGGCAACUGCGGCAGCAGCAUCAGCAGCAGCAGCAGCGGCAACAACAGCCGCGGCGGCAGCGGCAGCACUGCAGGCGCAGCAACAAGCGCGUCAGGCAUUGCGUGUUGCACAGCAACAACAGCAGCAGCAGCAACAACAAAGGCAGCAGACACAUCACCACGCAACAACUGGCAAGCAACAACGUCAACAUCACAAUCAUCACAGCAGCAACAGCAACAACAUCGGCAACUCAGGCAACAGCAACAGCAACAGCAAAUCAAGCAGCCAGCGAGGGCGUUCUGCUGCCGCAGUUGGAGCCGCUGCCACGCCCUCGCCGCCACCGCCCCCGCCCUCGCAAAGUCCCGAGGAACUCGAACGCCUGUCGCCAGAGGAAUCGCCAGCCCAGCAGCCCACGCCCAAGAUAGUCGGCUCGUGCAACUGCGACGAUCUCACGCCCGUCCAGUGCCACCUGGAGACCAAGGAGCUGUGGGAUAAGUUCCAUGAAUUGGGCACUGAGAUGAUCAUUACCAAGUCGGGCAGACGCAUGUUCCCCACCGUUCGAGUGAGUUUCUCAGGUCCAUUGCGGCAAAUUCAGCCGGCGGACCGAUAUGCCGUACUUUUGGAUGUGGUGCCGCUGGAUUCGCGGCGCUACCGUUACGCCUACCAUCGCAGCUCGUGGCUGGUGGCCGGAAAGGCGGAUCCGCCGCCCCCCUCCCGCAUCUACGCCCAUCCGGACUGUCCUCUGAGUCCGGAGGCACUGCGAAAACAGGUCGUCUCCUUCGAAAAGGUGAAGUUGACUAACAACGAGAUGGACAAGAGCGGACAGGUCGUGCUGAACUCAAUGCACCGCUACCAGCCCAGGAUCCACUUGGUGCGUUUGAGCCAUGGCCAGAGCAUACCCGGCAGUCCCAAGGAGCUGCAGGAUAUGGACCAUAAAACCUUCGUUUUCCCGGAGACCGUAUUCACGGCCGUGACGGCCUAUCAGAAUCAAUUGAUUACGAAACUGAAAAUCGAUUCGAAUCCGUUUGCGAAGGGAUUUCGCGAUUCGUCGCGUCUCAGUGACUUUGAUAGGGAUCCCAUGGAUGCGUUCUUCUUCGACCAGCACAUGCGUACUGCUCCCCUGCGAUUCUUCCCCGAUCCGCUGAUGUCCCAACUGACGCCUCAGGAGGCAGAUGCCGCAUCCUUGGCCCUGCUGGAGAAAGCCCGCCAGCACCUGCAGAUGUUUGGCCGCUCGCCGUACACGGAGAUGUUGCUGCCACAUUUGUAUCAGCGAUCGGCGGCACCGCCGCCGCCCCCGCCGGCCCCCCACCUCAGCGCCUUUCAGCUGGGCAUGUGGCAGCAGCAGUGGCCCCAACUCACCGCCGGAUUCCUGGCCAGCGCCAAUCAGCAGGCGGCCUUGGCCUUGGCAGCGGCGGGCGCCAAUCGAACGCCACCCCCUCCGAUGGCGGUGGCGCCACCAGCUCCUGCCACGCCCACCUCCUCCUGCGGAUCCGCCUCUCCGGAUCUGAGGGCCAGACCCCAGCUGAGUCACUAUCCGCAGCGAUUCAGUCCGUAUCAGGUGCCCCAGCAUCAGGCCUCGCCACCAGCCUCCAAUCGGGCAGAAAGUCCUUAGGAUGCAGCUACUUGCCCAAACAACUAGACCACCCAAAACACCACCCAUUUCCCCAAGAAAAACCGAGCUCUGAUGUGGUUUUUAAAUCAUUGAAAAUGCAUACAACGUUUACAUUUGAGAAGCCAUUUAUAAAUAUUUUUCGAGUGCAAUAAAUCAAUUCAACUCCAAUCUAGAAGCAAAUAAUAAAGUAAAUGUAUAGUAUUUAAUAAAAAUAACGGAUUGGGCUGUUUCAAAGUUUAACUUACCCAUCAGGUGACAAAAUAUCUCAGAUAUUUCUCAGAUCUAAAGACCACAUCGGAAUACCAACGAAAUGUAUGUGCAAUGUUGUUGAACAAAAAAAGAAAAAGAUUAAAAAUAUUCCUUUGUAAAUAACCCCGAAAAUGUUGCUGCGACAUCCAAGCGAUGUUGCAUGUGAUGCUAAGCUAGAGAACCGUCUUAACCGGUUUCACUGUAUUGUAAUUUUGGUAGCAUUAUAACAGUAUUAGUUAAUUUAAUUAGGCCUAGGCAAUAUGCAUACCCAUCUUUCUGCUGUGUUUUUUGUUGUCGUCCCAUGUGUUCCUAAUACUGCAAAUUAUUGUGAGAAUUCCACGCUGAAUUAAACCCUCUAGACACUCCCCGCAACAAGCAAUUGCAAACCAAUUACCAAUUACUAUAAACACUUAUUUAAAUUAUGUGCAAAAAGAUAGGAGGAAUCAAAACUGAAUAAACAA